CUUAUUAUAUACAGUAAUUCUUUCUUUUUCGUGUUUUUGCGCGCCCAUACAGCGUCCCCAGCUGUAUCGCGCCAUCUAAUCGCCCGCCAUGGCUUCAUGGAACCCGGCAUUCAUGCCAAAAUCGGCCGCCGACCUCCCGGCCCCCUUGCCGACUGAUAACACCGUCGCCGACACAACAGAUCAUGCGAACCGUGUAGCCCAAGAUGGCUCCGACUUCUGGGGAAUUGAUGGAGGAGAAGAGGACGUGCCCGCCCAGAAUGGCGCCUCUGACUCCUGGUUUCCCGACUAUGGAACAGGCAAUCAUACGACACUACCCGCGACUGAUGCGCAAGCUACGAGCCAAAUAACCAGUGAAACUGAUACCAACACCCCCGAUACCGCUACCGAACAGACAGAGACCGCACAUGUAACUACAGAAGAUGCUGAAGCUGUCGAGCCAGCUCCCACUCAGACGGACGAAGCUCCCGAGCCCAUCGCAGAGAACGCGCAAACUACCAAGGCCGUCCCAGAAGACGCUGCCACCGCCGACCUCGCCCCCGAACAUGCUGAGCCUACCGAUGCUACUACUACUGAAAAGGCCGAUACAGACGAACCAUCGGAUGUCGCUUCCAAGCACACGAGUACUAUGUCCUUCACUCGAACCAUCCCCCAUGAGCCGAGCUGGAGCGAUGACGGCGAUCCUGAGUGGAACCUCGCGCGAGCGGAUACGGAUCCCUUCAAGUUCUUGCCAUCGAGCGACCGAACCAACUCUUUUCCUCCUGUUCCUCCCUUGGAACAACACGAGCAACAGCAGGAAGAGCAGCAAGAAAAUCAGCAGGUACAGCAGGUGGAGCAGCAGCAGCAACCUCAAACCGAGCCUCAUUUGGAGCAGUUACCAAUCGUCCAGCCCCAGGUUGCGAAUUUCCUUGGUGAUGGCGAUGAGGUGGAGGUACAGGGCGAUGAUGGGUUCUUCAGCCAGCUGUCUGAGGCACAGAACGAUGGAUUUGAUCAGUUUGGCGCCCAAGACGAAAACAAUUCUCAGCAGUACAUGGGUGGUGACCUAGGUGCUAAGGCCACUGAGGCGCUUGAUGCCCGUUUCGAAGAAGGUGUUCCCCUGAUCGCACAUGAUGGAAACACGACAGCCGAGCGGGAAGAUACAAAGGACCUAUUCGGGGGAGAGGAUGCCAAUGAUGAGGACGACUUUUUCAGCCAGGUUCAGCAAGGGACCGCCAACCAAACUGAAUUUGAGGCGCAGCCGCUUGAACGCAAGUCGACGAUGCAAGUACUGGGCGCUAUGGACAUGGGCUCCGUGCAGCCAAACUUCCCACCAGUGGAAGAGCAGCCCGAGAAAGAGGCCGAUGCCACGGUAGAGACGCAAACCCACGACCAUCCCGAGACAACGAGUGCAGAUCUGAACACAGGUGAAGGUCACGAGGAACAGAAGCCAGCAGGCGAAGAUGUUGAGGCCAAGUGGAAGGAACUGUUUGCUGACGAUGAAGAGGACACCCUAUCGCUUCUUGAUGAUUCCACAGAGGCGUCGAAUGAGAUCAAGGAGAAGGAGAUUGACCCGGCUGCGUUCUUUGGGAGUGAUGAUGAGGGCUUUCUCGACGAUUCGGAGGAGUUUCCAACAAUGGAGGAAACAACCCAGCCCUCAGCGCCUAGCGUAGCUGGCUCCAACACCACGACAACCCCUACCACCCGGUACAUGCCUCAGACCCAAACUCCAAGCCUGAGUCUGAGUGGAGCUCCGAAUCCCUAUGCCCCGACUGCACCACCCCUAACUUCGGCGCCGUCAAAUCCUUACUUCCCUGCCGCACCCAGCACGGUUGCGCAGACGCCGUCUGUUACGCCCUUUGGCGCCCCUGUCUCGGCUCCCCCUCCAAGCGGGAGAUUUGGAUACGGCGCGGUCCCUCCGCCACAGAUUGAGAGGAAAGCCCAAAGCUUCGUCGACAAGAAGGGCGGCUACCAGUCACCGUACGACCUUCCUAUGGAGGUAGUCAAGGUCAAGAAGCGCCCAAGUACGGCAACUCUUAACAAACCUGUGACAGCACCGGCCGCUCCACCGCCUUCCAAAAGCGCUACUCACCUGCCUCCUCCACCUCCCACCUCUGUCCCACACUCAUCUCAGCCUGGUGUCAAGCCACCACCGCCUCGUGGUGAAGCCAAGCCGAAGGACAAGUUCUUUGAGGAGCUUCCUGUAGUCACAAAGGCGCGCCCAGCUUCUCGAAAUACGAUGGGUACCGCAUCGCCGGCACAGUCUAGCCCAUACGGCCCACCGCCCUCGGCUGGCCCACCUUCUAUCGCCUCGCAGCCACCAGUACCUGGAAUGCCGUCUGCCAUGGGAUCUGUUCCCAACUCUUCCUUUACCCAGCAUGCGGAGAUUCCCAACUUGGUUGCGCCGCCACGUGUCAACCCUUACGCUUCGAUACAGUCCAGCACUACGAGCCUUGCUCCCGCUGUUCCUGCCCCGGCUUCAAGUCGUUAUUCCCCAGCGCCUUCCAGUGGGUCACAGCUCAGCACUCCCGUCCCACCUGCUGCGGCAAGCCGUUACUCUCCCGCCCCGCCAGCUUCUCGGCCAACGAGUUCGGGUUAUACUCCGACUACUUCGGUGCCACCGGUUCUGCCACCGGUUUUGCCGCAUCAACCCCGUACCUCAAGUCCGCUAGCACAUUUCGAGUCCAGGCCUCUUGUUUCUAGCCAUGCAGAAAGUGGCCUGGCGGAAAAGCGGAGCAGCAACUCGUUGUACGACUUGCGACUGCAGAGAGUGCCUUCUCUACCUCCGACUCAGGAGGUGGAAGAAGAAGGCCCCAUGCAGGGUAUGGUAUCCCCCAACCAAGUCCCGGCAUCCCACCAGACCUCUCCUACGGCGUCAAGACAUGGCGCUGUGCCUCACCGCUCUAGAAGGACACCGCCUCCGCAGUCUCUAACUGUGCAGCCGGUGACGUCCCCUCAGAGGGCGGCAUACAGCUAUCAACCUGCGGCUAGUGCUCCAUCUCACGAAUUCGCGCCACCGCCUCGAUCGCAGACUCAAUCCCCUGGUGCCCUCUAUGGGAACAGAAAUGUAAAGCCCAUUGAACCGAUCCCUCGUCCUUCGUCGGUCACUGACGCGACUUCGCCGCGGGCUGCGUUGUAUUCUCCCAUUACUAUGCAACCCAGUUCCACUUUCCCCCCCAUUUCUACGACUACCUCGCGGCCGCGUGGUAACACUCAGAAUUUCAACCUCGUUCCCCCGACAGAUGGUAGAGAACAUGAUCCCCUACAGAGAUGGCGUGGUGUUCCUCUCAUUUCCUGGGGCGUUGGUGGAGCUCUGGUAACAAUGUUCCCCAAGAACGUGCCACGAUAUGGCAUGGGCCAAACGGCCCCCAUGGUUAUUCGUAGCCCAGGAGAAGUCAAGGUCAAGAGCAUGAAGGACAUAGAGCCAAUGGAGGAGCGCUUGGCCAAAUUCCCUGGGCCUCUCAAGGGGAAGUCGAAGAAGAAGGAGACCAUUGCCUGGUUAACAAACGGAAUUGAGAUGCUGGAGAGGACUGUGCCACAUAACCUGUCUCAUCAGCUCAACCCGUCUCACGAUGACAAGCGGACAACAGAGAGACUCUUGCUUUGGAAGAUUCUGAGGGUCUUCGUCGAGCAUGAUGGCGUGUUGGAAGGAAACCCGACCGUUAACCAAGCUGUGCGCGAAAUCCUGUACCCGGAGGCUUCAACCAUUGGUGGUCAGCCUGAGUUCACAAAUGCUCUGAACCCAUCAGGAUUGGGCAAUUCUGCCACGACUUCACUACAAGCCGACUCGGUUGAUUCUUCCGCUGUUGAGCAGAUCCGCAACCACCUCAUCAGUGGCGACAAUGAGAAGGCCGUGUGGGCUGCGGUCGAUAAGCGGCUUUGGGGCCAUGCCUUCCUGCUGGCCAACGCCCUUAACCCUGACCUCUAUAAGCGGGUCGCUCAAGAAUUUGUGAAGAACGAGGUAAAUUCCACCGGUCAUAAUAAUGAGUCGCUUGCUGCUCUUUAUGAUGUCCUCUCUGGAAACCACGAAGAAAGCGUGGACGAGCUGGUGCCCGCCCAUGCCCGUGCUGGUCUUCAGCUAGUGGCCAAAAAUUCCUCUUCUGGUCCCUCCAAGGACGCCAUGGGUGGUCUUGAUAAGUGGCGCGAAACCCUCUCCCUGAUCCUCAGCAACAGGACUGCUGAUGAUGCCAGAGCCAUUAACUUUUUGGGCAAUUUGCUAUCAGGCUAUGGAAGAGCCGAGGCGGCUCAUAUUUGCUUCUUGUUUGCCAGAAGUCAAACCAUCUUCGGUGGCUUGGACAACCCGAACUCUAACUUCGUUCUUGUUGGGUCUGACCAUAGGCGACAGGCGGACCAUUUCGCAAAGGAGAUAGAGCCUCUUUUGUUGAGCGAGGUUUAUGAGUACGGCCAGAGCCUUGCUGGUGGUACCGUGCCCGUCAGCAAUCCUCACUUGGCAGCGUACAAGCUUCAGCACGCAUACGCCCUGGCCGAGUAUGGCUUUAGAGACAAGGCCCUUCAAUACUGCGAGGCUAUCACGGCUGCGAUCACCGCGCAGACGAAGCGCUCUCCUUAUUACCAUCCCAUCCUUGAGGCCUAUGUCGAUGACUUGAUGAAGCGAUUGAAGCAGGCACCCAAGGAGGAAUCAAACUCGUGGAUCCCGAAGCCUAGCAUGAAUAAGGUAUCUGAUUCCAUGUGGAAUCGGUUCAACAAGUUUGUCGCUGGAGAUGACAACGAGGAUGGCAGUAAGGGCUCACCUGACGCUGCGGGAGAAUCUGGUCCCUUUGCACGAAUCGCCGGAGGAACCCCGACUAUCAGUCGCUCGCCCUCUGUCAACAAUCUUGAGACCUUUGGCGCGACCAUCCCCAGCUAUGGCAUGCCUAGUGCUCCCGUGACGAACGGUCCUAAUAUGUUCUCUCCUCCUCCUCCUACACGGACGGCUUCACGCUACGCACCAGGCGCUCCUCAACCAUCGACUCCGAACUAUAACCCCUAUGAGACAAACUCUCCAUAUGCGCCUCGCUCAUCAAUGGAACGGGCCUCAGGCGAGUACAGCAGAAGUUCAGUUGAGCUUCCGCGUCAGUCUUUGGACUCUCAGCGGGGUUAUUCACACAGCAGCUAUGCUCCCAACCGUACAUCUUCGCCUGCUCAGCCAUAUACACCUUACGGCACGACGCCACAGGAAUCAUCCUACUCUCUGCAUAACAUGCAGCCUCAGCAAAGUUUGACAUCCCCAGCGGCUACUACUUCUGGUUAUCAACCCUUCACUCCACAAAACAACGUCUCGGCAAAUGAUGAGCCCUCUAACGAACCCCCUUCGGCCCCGUCAACUGGCUACCAGCCGCCGUCGUACGGAUAUGAGCCUCCGUCAUUCACCCCUUACGAGGCGCCGGCGACCAAUGACGAGGAGGAGGGCGCCUCCAAGGAGAAUGGUGACUCUAACCAGGGUGGCGAAGGUGUCAACACCUUUGAGCCCCCUUCAUUCCAGCCAUAUAGCUAUGAGCCGCCUUCUUACGAACCCGACACCCCACCUUCGAAAGAUGACGAUGAAUCUGAGGAAGAAAAGCCCAAGCCGAAGAAGAAGGGCCCUAUGUAUGAUGACGAUGACGAUGAUUUCCCCGCGGCGCCGAAGCCUGCCGGCAAGUCCAAGGCUGAAAUUGACCGGGAGAACGAGGAAAUGGUCCGUCGGAUCGCCGAAGAAGAAGCCAAACGCGCCGCAGAAGCCAAAGCCACCAAGAAGGGUUGGGGCUUCACCAGCUGGUUCGCAAAGAAGGAGGCUGCCGCCGCCGAUGCCAACGCCGCCGGAAGCAGCCCCGGCAAGCCCAUCCGUGCCAAGCUCGGCGAGGCGAACUCGUUCUACUACGACCCCGAGCAAAAGCGCUGGAUCAACAAGAACGCCAGUCCCGAAGACCAAGCCGCCAAGAAAUCCACGCCGCCACCGCCCAAGGGCGGCAUCCCCCGCUCAUCCGCCUCCAGCCCUGCUCCUCCCAUGGGUAUGGGCGUGGGCGGCGGUAGCGCGCCCAACACCCCCGGCCGCGCCAGCGCCCCGCCUACUGGUCCGCCUAGACCGGCGGCGCUCAUGCCUUCGGCGUCGGAGAAUAACGUUGGCUCUGGUCCACCUAGCGCUGUUGGACCGCUGAGUCCCAGUGGAAGUAACGGGCCCCCUAGUGCGGGCUUGCUGUCCCCUGGCAUGGGUCCGGCGGCGAUGCAGCGCCCGGCCUCGGCGAGCACGAGCGCGCCCCCUGCUGGUACUAGUAAGCCUUUGAGCGCGACGAGUAGUAUUGAUGAUUUGUUGGGGGCGGCGGUACCGAGGAAGAGGGGAGAGGCCAAGAAGCCGAGGAAGGCGGCUAGGUAUGUGGAUGUUAUGCAGAAGUAGGGGGGCCCGGUGUGAAUGAGUUAAGGGAUGUGGGAAUGAGUCGGUGUGUAUAAAGGUUGGGUCUUGUGAGAUUGGAUUGGACUGUUUCUAAUGCAGAGUGUAUGUAUGUAUGUAUGUAUGUACGUAAUGAAUGGCGAAAGGGGGACGAUAAGUGCAAGUUGGUGGUUUUCCACGGUUUUUUUUUGAAGUCGAGGAUGGAGAAAUGCAAUCUGUAUUCCUAAAGCCAAUUG